UUAAAACAUUUUUUUUUUGUCAUUAACUUCCUUCCUGUUUUAACUGCCAGCACUCAGAAGUCCGAGUUGAGAGACAGAGGCACCCGGGCAGAGACGUGAACCACCGAAUAUCAAAAUGACUGAAAAAGCCCCAGAACCACACGUGGAGGAGGAGGAGGAUGAACUGGACGGGAAGCUCAAUUAUAAGCCUCCACCUCAGAAGUCCCUACAAGAGCUGCAGGAGAUGGACAAAGAUGAUGAGAGUCUAACUAAGUACAAGAAAACACUCCUGGGGGAUGGCCCUGUGAUAGCAGACCCCACAGCCCCCAAUGUCGUUGUCACCCGCCUUACCCUGGUCUGUGAGACUGCCCCAGGACCGAUCACCAUGGACCUCACUGGGGAUCUUGAAGCCCUCAAAAAAGAAACUUUUGUUCUAAAGGAAGGUGUUGAAUAUAGAGUCAAAAUUCACUUCAAAGUGAACAGAGACAUUGUGUCGGGCCUGAAAUAUGUCCAGCACACCUACCGGACUGGGGUGAAAGUGGAUAAAGCCACAUUUAUGGUCGGCAGCUACGGGCCUCGGCCAGAAGAGUAUGAGUUCCUGACUCCGAUCGAGGAGGCUCCCAAAGGCAUGCUGGCCCGAGGCACCUACCACAACAAGUCCUUCUUCACCGACGAUGACAAGCACGACCACCUCACCUGGGAGUGGAACCUGUCCAUUAAGAAGGAGUGGACAGAAUGAGCACACUGCCCAACCCUGUCCCUGCCCCUGCCACCUGGAAGAACCCUCUCAGUUGUGUUCACCACCCUGGCCCUCCACCCUGAUCAUAGCUGGGCCCCUUCCCAACCCCCCUCACAGCCUCUUACUGAUGCAUCUUCUCCCACUCUCUCUCUCAGAGUCGCCCCUCGCACUGGACACUUAAAACCCAGGCUCUCAUCCUGCCCAUUUUUUCUGAUCCCCCAUCACGGCCAGAUCUUCGAAGUUCUGUUCCUUAAUAAGCAACCAUUUAGUGUUGGCUCUCUUGUUCUCAUUUGAGGAACUAGAGGCCAGGAAGUGGGCAAACAAUCACUAGCCAUCCUUUUGCCUGGGUUCCAGUGCUCAUCCCACCCCUGGACUAUGCUGUGGCUGCUGCUGGCUCAGUGACAGUCCCGAACCACAUUCCUUGCCACUUGGGUUCUUCUUUCCUGGGAGACACUUAAACAGCACAAGAGAGUAUGAAUAAAACAAUUGUAUGACCUCA